AUGGCAAAGAAAGAAAACAUUGAAGCUGUAGAUGUCCUUUUGCGUGAUCUGUGUUCGCCGUCUAUACCUUUUGGUGGGAAAGUUAUUGUUUUUGGAGGAGAUUUUAGGCAAGUACUUCCUAUUGUGCCUAGGAAAUCACAGAGUGAAGCCAUCGAAGCAAGUUUAGUGUCUUCAACUCUUUGGAACCAAUUUCACAGAUUCAGACUCACUGACAAUAUGGGAGUAAGGACAGAUUACCAAUUUGUUGAUUUUUUACUUGCCAUGGGGAACGGUCAGAUGCAGAAUACAGAAAUUGCACAUAUCCAGUUGCCACAGCAUGUAAUGAUGCCAUUUGAUGAAUCUAAAGAUGCUAUCAAUGGUCAUAUUGGUUUUGUUUUCCCAGAAGUAAAAAUGGCAAACUGCAAUGAAAGCAUGUUUGUUGACAGAGCAAUCUUGAAUCCUCUUAACACUGUUGUAGAUGACAUAAACUGUAGCCUAAUUGAUCAAUUCCCUGGAGAAUAUGUUUGUUAUAAAAGCUAUGAUUUAUUUCUUGAUGAUACAAGAAGUCUCUGUAAUGGUACUCGUAUGCUAUGUAAGCAUUUUUAUCCUAAUAUAAUUGAGUGUGCCAUAAUAACUGGCCAUCAUGCAGGAGAGCAUGUUUUCGUUCCACAAAUAGAUCUACGUCCAUAUGAAACACUUUAUGUUGGUCUAUCUAGGGCUCAGACAUCGGCUCAAAUUAAAGUUUUAUCUAAGCCAAUGACAGAUCAGGUUUAG